CGCUGUGUGACCGGGCAGGCGAAAAAUAGUGGAGUGUGGGGGAGGGGAAGCGGCUCAGAGGCCAGAUAGGCAACACACUACUAGACUGUAGCCUGUGAGACUCACACUGCCUGUACUAGAAACAUAAUAUCAAAGUAACCAUACACUUUCGGUUUUUCGAGAGCGUGUUAUUGUAACGACCAACCGUGUUUGUAUUUUUGGUCUCAAAAAAAGCGCCAUUUUAGCUGCAUAUUUAUGCUAUAGGAAACAUACAGUAGCUGUGUGGUUACAGCACGCAGCCGUUGGAAGUGUUGAAAGGGCAGCUCUUCGUGUUUACAAACUGCUAUUUUAGCACGUAAGCUAGCCGGUGAAGCCAGCGAGAUAUACGCGAUAUGAACUGUUAGUAAGUUCACUAAUUAACCUUAAUGUUUGGUGUUGUUUUUAAUAUCCAGGUUUAAGGUCAGUUAGCUUUCACCCCCCACCACCCCUCUCUCUCUCCGCUCUCUGUCUACGUCUCUCCCCCGCUGCCGAUCAGCGCCUGCUGCUGCUGUCUCUUUACGUUGCUGUUCUCAGUGAACGGUGAAACUCCACAGAGUAACUAGCCUGCAGCCCCAGCCACGAAACUCGGGUUUAUUCCAACUUUACCGCCACUUGUGAGUGUGUCCACUGCUUUGUUAGCACACCAAAUUAGUCGACAGUGAGUCAUACACAGCAGCGGUCGGAACUUGAAAUAUGACGGUAAGCAAAAUGGGAGGAAAGUCGUCGCUAGCUUGCUGAAGUUGGAGGUUUCUCCUUGUGGAAGAGGAAGAGGUGGCGGCGGACACCACGAGUUCACUCUCACAAUAAAAGGAGUGAGCCCAGCCUUCCAACAUACCUCCUCCCUGUCUUUGGUCUAAGAUGAGUAUUACCAGUGACGAAGUGAACUUCUUGGUCUACAGAUAUCUCCAAGAAUCAGGUUUCUCCCACUCAGCAUUCACCUUUGGCAUUGAGAGCCACAUCAGCCAGUCAAACAUCAAUGGAACACUAGUGCCCCCUGCAGCUCUCAUCUCCAUCCUGCAGAAAGGGCUUCAGUAUGUGGAGGCAGAAAUCAGCAUCAAUGAGGACGGUACUGUCUUCGAUGGUCGGCCAAUCGAGUCGCUGUCACUCAUUGACGCAGUGAUGCCAGAUGUGGUGCAGACGCGACAGCAGGCCUUCCGCGACAAGUUAGCCCAGCAGCAGGCAGCCUGUGCAAUGGCAGCAUCAACCUCUGGAAACCAGUCCAACGCACCAAAGAACGGAGAAGCCACUGUCAAUGGGGAGGAGAAUGGCACUCACAAUAUGAAUAACCACAGUGAGCCCAUGGAGAUGGAUGUAGAUGUGGAGAUACCAGCCAGUAAAGCCACAGUGCUCCGAGGCCAUGAGUCUGAAGUGUUCAUCUGCGCCUGGAACCCUGUCAGCGAUCUCCUGGCCUCAGGCUCGGGGGAUUCCACUGCCAGGAUCUGGAACCUGAACGAGAACAAUAACUCCAACUCCACCCAGCUGGUGCUGCGCCACUGUAUCCGAGAAGGUGGCCAGGACGUCCCCAGCAACAAAGACGUCACCUCACUUGACUGGAAUAGUGAUGGGACUCUCCUGGCAACAGGCUCCUAUGAUGGAUUCGCCAGGAUAUGGACAAAGGAUGGAAAUCUGGCAAGCACCUUGGGACAGCACAAAGGGCCCAUAUUUGCACUCAAGUGGAACAAGAAGGGGAACUCUAUUCUCAGUGCUGGUGUAGAUAAGACGACAAUCAUUUGGGACGCACACACAGGAGAAGCCAAACAGCAGUUCCCUUUCCACUCAGCCCCAGCACUGGAUGUCGACUGGCAGAACAACACCACCUUUGCCUCCUGCAGCACAGACAUGUGCAUCCACGUAUGUCGCCUUGGCAGCGACCGGCCCCUCAAAACCUUCCAGGGCCACACGAAUGAAGUUAAUGCCAUUAAGUGGGAUCCAUCAGGCAUGCUGCUCGCCUCAUGCUCCGAUGACAUGACCUUAAAGAUUUGGAGUAUGAAGCAGGAGUCCUGUGUCCAUGACCUCCAGGCUCAUAGCAAAGAGAUCUACACUAUUAAGUGGAGCCCCACAGGCCCCGGCACGAGCAACCCCAACUCCAACAUCAUGCUCGCCAGCGCUUCUUUCGACUCAACAGUACGACUGUGGGAUGUGGAGCGAGGGGUUUGUAUUCACACACUGACCAAGCACCAGGAACCCGUCUACAGUGUGGCCUUCAGCCCCGACGGCAAGCACCUGGCCAGCGGCUCCUUCGAUAAGUGCGUCCACAUUUGGAACACCAUGACUGGAGCCUUGGUACACAGCUACAGAGGUACAGGUGGUAUUUUCGAGGUGUGCUGGAACAGCACCGGUGACAAAGUUGGUGCCAGCGCAUCAGACGGCUCGGUAUGUGUUCUUGAUCUCCGAAAAUAGCCGACUUGAGACUUUGAUGAUGAAUCCUGGAAUGUGCAGCAAAUUGCCUUCUUCUGACAUCAGCAAACACACUCUCAUUGCUCAAGACGAGCUGUAAGGUGGAGCAAAACAAACCCCCUCACAGGAGUACAACCAGAUGACUGCAGCAGCCUCCGAGGAGCCAACACCAACUGACUUCAGUGCACCUUACAGUUUGUUGACGUGUGUUUUAUGAUACGCCUAUUGGAAAAAUAGUGGAAGCUGGUUAAGAGAUCCCCAAGACUGGACUGAAUCCAACUCCCUGGGUGCAUCCGCGUUUUAAAAGGUUUCUAAUGAGAAAGUGCUGCGAUCCCUCCGGGCCACUGGUCCAGCUGUUAUAGGGUGGUAAGGGUGGAAACAAAGAUGAGUGUUAUAUAAAGAGAAAAGUGUUAAUGAGACACGUGUUUGGCUGGAAAAGGCAACAAAUUAUGAAAGACAGGUUGUGGUUUUAGAAUUCCUCUGAGCAAAUGUUACCUCAUGUCCAAAUGAACUAACUGUGGACGUGAUAAACGUAACAUCAAUGCUGAAGCACUGGUAUUGUCCGUUGACAGGGUGCUUAACUUCUUCUCAGUGGAGAAUAGUUUGUUUCAAGAGUACUUCUUGCUUUUUUUUUUCCCACAGAUGGACUUUUGAAAGUCAAAAUCGAAUGUGCCGCUACAAGGUAGUUCUUAACUCUCGUUUAACAUCAGGUCAACAAAAGGAAAACCUGCCAAGAAACAGUCCUAACCUCCUGAAAUGACCUGCUCAAUUCACUCGAGAUUAGAAAAAAUGUCAUUUUGGGGACAAGAUGUGAAAAGUGUGGUUUUUCAAAGAGAAUUUUCUCCCUUUUUUGGAUGUAAAUUUGAGAAUGUAAAGUUAUGUAAAUUAGAUUAAUACACAGACUUAUAUACUGUGUAUAUAUGUUUAUAUACAGUACACUUUAUUGCCAUCCUGUAGGGGCUCAUUAAUGGCUCGAGCUGUCACGACUUUGCUCAUAAAACGUGACGAGAGUUCCUUUUUAAAUGAAGUGCAUGUGUCAUCAGCUUCUUUUAAUAGUCUUUUUCAUCUGAGCCAGUCAUAUCCAACGCAUCAAGUUGUUUAUCAGUGAGUCACAAAUGGUGUUGACACAGAUGUGUUAAGCAGCUUUGCUUUCCACUAUUGAUCCCUGAAAGCCAUGGAGGAAACAUGUGCCUCAUCACCGGCAUUUAGGGAAUUAUCUGGUCAACAAUAUGGGAGAGAAAAGUCAGCACAGUCUCCUGCUUGGUGUCUGCUAUACUUUUUGUUUUAUAUGUUGAACAGGACAUCACAGAAUCAAUGUUAAGAGUAUCGUGCAGACCUGAGCGGGAAAGCAACUACAGCUUCAUUACCGUGGUUUCUCUUUGGCACUUUCCUCUGAACAAUCUACUGAAAAUUCAGAGCACAUUUUGACCUUAAGGUGGAGGUCAAGCAAAAUCCUGCUGUUGCUAAAAAAAUGAAAUUUUUUUUUUUUUAAAAAGAAGGUAUGAUUUUCUUUUUAAGUACCACCAAAAGCUGCCGGCUGAUCAGAUUUUAAAUGCCUGUCUUGUAGAUGGAAAGACAUCAGUGCUCUACAAGCGUGGCUCCAUCUGCCUACUGGGAUCUCAUAUAAAAGACAGUAUCUUAAAACUAACUUGCCACCACUUUGAUUUGCCUUUUUUUUCCGGUCCCUUUCCCUUUCAGUCAACUUCUACUAGAGCAAUGUGAAGUGCACUUUUGUAAUGGUGGGUACAGCAAAAGAUCAGAUUUUGCUGGAAGUUGAAGGGCCAAUGUUUUUUUUUUUUGUUUGUUUGUUUGUUUUGUUUUAAAUGUCACAAUUGGAUGUUAAUGGGUGGUUCAUUGUUUUCUGACUUUUUCAUUUGCUGAGAGCCAUUAUUGUCUGUGUCAGACUGAGAAUUGGGCUGUGGGUUGGUGGCCAUUCUUGGCACACUAAGGAGCCCAGUAUGGAAUAAGUGCUGUGACGGCUAUUAUCUCUCUUGCACCCUGGUCCAGGGUGCGGUCACCUGUUUCCAAGACAAAACGUUGAAGUCAUUCAGUGUCUCAAAUAAAUCAUUCUAUUUUGAUAUCAGAAA